GUAAUAACAGCCCCUGUGGCCACAUGGGGGUUCCUGCUGUGCCGGUGGUCUAGGAAGCCACAGGCUCGGGGAGCGUGGUAGCCUGGGAGGCCCUGGGGGCAGGCCCAGCCCCUGUGCUGGCUUGCUCCAUGUUCCCUGCCCAGCACACACCUGGCACCUCAUCUGUAUCUUGUCCUUGUCCUUCUGAGAGCAUCUGCAGGCUGUGGCCCUGGCCUGAGGCUGGUGGUGGCAGCUGUGGGGUUCAGAUGCUGGACCUAUUGCCUCCCCCUGCAGAGCCUUCCUUGCCCACCCUGUGGACCCUUCUCCUUCAGGGAGGCACUUCUGGAGUCUCAGGACCCUGGGGUGGUCACUCAUGUCCAGGACUCCAGUGGCACGGUCCUCCAGGUCCUUCCUCAGGUUUUGCUGGCAGGGUGGACUUGUGAACAUGCACACUUAGUUCACACCCCGAUCAUACACACACACGAGCCACAUGUAACCUGUGUGUACACGUGCUCAUAGAUGGACAUAUAAGUGCACAUACCUUCAUGCCCACGUAUGUACAGUGCACAUGUGUCGGCAUGACCGCAGCACAUCUGUCUGUAAGCACUGCACAGUGUUCCCUGAUUGUCCCCUACAUCCAGCAGUGCUCCCAAGAUCUUUGUAGGAAGCACACCACAUGGGCCCACCAUGGGACAGCACUUGUAUGCAGGUUCAGAGCAGGAAGGUACAGGGAGAACCCAGGGUAGGGCAGGGAUGAAAGCCAGGUCUCUGUGGGCUGGUGGCCAGUGAUGGGUGUCCACUCUGCAAAUGUACAGUAGCCAUGGGGGGUGCACCUGGGUUGUGUCUGGGUCUUUGUCCAGUCAGACCAGCUGGGGUCUUAUGAAUACAUCUGUUGCUCAGUUUUGAAGUCCAAGGUCAAGGCACCAAAAGAUCUGGCGUCUCACAUGCUGCUGCUGGUUCUGAUGGCACCUGCCCAUGUGCCCUUGGAUGCAGCAGCAAGAGGACAGUGAGCUCUAUGCAUAGAGGCUUGCGUGGGACCCCCUCUUCCAGCCCUGAGAUCUCAUCAGGGCCUGGGGUUUGUCUAGGCUUCUAGGGGCAUAUUCAGUCCAUGACUCAAUGAAGGUGAAAAAGAUCAAAGGCUAGGAAAAAGGACCUGCCCAAGCUUCUCUCAAACUCGUCUGGGAAACCCAUAUAGAGCCCUCCAAAGCCACGUUCUCCCUUCCCCUGCCCCCAUGAGGCCACUGAGGGCCACACUCUCUAGGACUGACAGAGGGUCAGGUAGCCCAUGGGGUUCAGCCUGCUCAGUAGUCACGUGCCUGGACACUUAGCCGCCUCACUAUGAUCAUGACCCGAACUCCACCAGCGCCAACAUGGAGAAGGGCUGUGUCCCUCCCAACCAACAGGUGGCUCUCACACCCACCCAGCUCACUAAGCCAGGGUAGGAGGUGGUGAGGGCUUCACCUUCCUCUGCUCAGCAGAGCCAGGCACAGGUCUGCAGGCCCCGGGUACCUGCCCCUAGGCCUCUGCUUUGAGCAGAGGGGUCCCUGGGUGGCCAGUGUGAACACAUGCAGGACAGCCAUUUGCCCUCAGGCAUGGGGGUGCACAGAGGGCACCUACACCAGGCCACAGCACCCAGACAGGCCUCUGUGGGCUCCGAGAAGCUGUUUUCACCAGCAGCUGGGAAAGACCCCGCACACAGCGAGAAGUCGGAGAAUAAGGCUGGGGCAGUGCCCAAGGUGUCGGGCCUGGAGCGCAGCCGUGAGCUCAGCACUGAGACCUUCUUGCCGGCUGCCGCGCCCUCUGGGCUUGCGUGCAGCACCCGUGCCAGCCCCCUGGUGAAGAAGGAAACCCCGGCGCCCCGCCACGCUCCACAGCCGCUGCCCGCACCCCCGCAGCAGCGGGACCCGCUCCCAACGCACGUGCCUCCAUCGCUGAGCACCUUCACGGGCCCAGGCCCCUGCCAGGCCGGGCCCAACAGGCUGCACCUGCACAGCCUCAGCAGGAGCAGCAGUACGGGCAGUGGCGCCCCUCUGGGCCUGGCAAAGCACGUGUCGCUGUCGCCGCACGGGCCCGGCCCCCACCUCUCUACCUCACACCUGGCGCUCCGGUCCCAGGCGCAGCACCAGCACCACGCGGCGGCCAUGUUCGCCACACCCCCGACACUGCCCCCGCCCCCGGCGCUGCCCGCCAGCAGCCUGGUCAUCCCAGGACACCCUGCCGAUGCCAGCCUGUUGAUCUCAUUCAACCAGCCAAUCAUGUAUUGCCAGCCUCAUUCGGGGAUUCUGAUUGAUCGCGAGCUGCUCAGGCAAGAGCUGAACACGCGGUUUCUGGUGCAGAGCGCUGAGCGGCCGGGCGCCUCCCUGGGCCCGGGGGCUCUGCUGCGGGCCGAGUUCCAUCAGCACCAGCACACACACCAACACACACACCAGCACACACACCAGCACCAACACACAUUCGCCCCCUUCCCGGGGCUGCCCCCGUCGCCUCUCGUGCCGCCCGCUGCACCCCUGCCGUUUGACAAGUUUUCACCCAAGCUGGACAGCCCCUACUUCCGACAUUCCAAUCUCUUUCCACCCUUCCCUCCUGCUGUCCCAGGACUGCCCACCCUGCUCACACACCCUGGCCCCUUUGGGUCCUUGCAGGGUGCUUUUCAGCCCAAGACUUCAAACCCGAUUGAGGUAACAGGCCGGGCCAGUGCUGUCCACACGCUCCUGCAGAAGGCCCCUGGGGUGUCUGACCCGUACCGGACAGCGGUCAGGAAGCCGGGGCGGUGGUGCGCUGUGCACGUGCAGAUCGCCUGGCAGAUCCAUGUCCACCAGCAGAAGGCAAAGCAGAUGCAGCUGGACCCCCACAAGCUGGAGGUGGGCACAAAGCUGGACCUGUCCAGCAGGCCCCCUGCCCCUGGUGUGUUCUCGGGGUUCCACUACCCACAGGACCUGGCCCGCCCUCUCUUCUCCAGCACAGCCCUUCACCCAGGUGCCGCCCACCCUGCCUCCAGCCUCUGCGGACCCUCAGCCCAUCACAGCUUCCUGCCUGCUGGUCACCUUGCAGGCCCUUUCAGCAGAUCCAGCACCUUCGGGGGCCUGGGGAGCCUGGGCAGCCAUGCCUUCGGAGGCCUGGGCAGCCACACACUGACUCCAGGGGGCAGCAUCUUUGCCCCCAAGGAGGGCUCCACGCUACACGGCCUGCCCAGCCCCCACGAGGCCUGGAGCCGGCUACACCGGACGCCCCCCUCCUUCCCCACACCGCCCCCAUGGCCCAAGCCCCAGGAGGCAGAGCACAGCGCAGCCCUGACCAGCCACGACCGAGAGCCAGACCAGGGCCGGGAGGAGCGGGAGCGGGAGCGAGACCUCCUGGAGAAGACACGCCUGCUGAGCCGCGCCUCCCCUGCAGCUCCCCUGGGCCAUCCCAUCAGCAGCCUCCUGCUGCGCGGCCAGGGGGAGCUGGGCAGAGCUGGGGCCCCGGCAGAGCGCGAGGCAGAGCCCCGGGUCAAGGAGAGCCACUCACCUGCCAAGGAGGAUGGCGCCACGCUGGUCGCGCGCCCGCCGUCGCCCUACAGCAAGGCGGCCCUGGGCGACAGCCUGCGCCUGGCCUGCCUGCUGGGUCGAGAGCCGGGCAGGCCACCGGAGCCGCCCGAGCGUCCGCAGAGCGACGUGAAGGUCAAGGAGGAGCGCAGGGAGGAUGAAGCGCCAGAGCCCGCAAGCGGCGGCCUGCUCCCCGCGCCCACGCAGCCGGGCCCGGGCCGCGAGCGCCUGGGCGCACCGGGCUUCUCAUGGGAGCCUCUGCGCGAGGCCUACCGCGGCCUGGAGCUGCCACGCCGCGCGGGCCCCGCGCCCCCGGAGCCGGCCGAGCGCCCCUAUCGCGACCGCGAGCCGCACGACUACAGCCCCGAGCGCCUUCGGGAUGCGCGCCGCGAGGACCUGGAGCGUGCACGGGCACCCGGCCCCGACGGCGCCGCGCUGCUGGGCGCGCUGCACUACGCGCGCCUCGGGCCCGCCGCCCUGCACGGCGCGCUGUUAGCGCGCACCCCUCCCGCCGCCGCGCUCGGCGCGCCGCCCCCGCUGGUGGCCGCGGCCGGGGUCCCCGCGCGCCCCAGGACUACGCCGCUGGCGCUGGGCCCGAGCGAGGCGCGCGACUACUCUCCGCCGCGCAACCCGCAGGAGGUGGAGGCGCGGUAGCCCUGGGGCUGCUCUCCAGCAGAUGCGCGCUGUCCCGAACGCUCCUGGCGCGAACCCCGCGCAAGCACAGCCCCUCCGCGUCCCCGCAGCGCGAGCCCUGGAGCGCAGGGGACGGUUUUCCAGUCGAGAUUAGGCCCCUGGGAAAAUCCACCUUUGUAUCUUUCCCCCCACAGGUGAGAAGCGUUUUUAAUGGUUUUGUAUUUUUCUUAAUUUUGUGCUCUCAGACAUUUAAAAGAACCAAAAAAAAAUUUUUUAGUUGGGAUUUGUGAUUUACUGGCCUCAGAUCCCUUUCCAGCCCCAGGGUUUCUUUGUCUUAUUUAUGGAGAGAACGCGGUCUUUUUGUCCAGCACACUGUGAGGCUCCCGCUCAGGCCGGCCCUGGCCACCCCAUCCCCUUGGUACUUGGAACCGAAGUUACAGAUAUAUAUUAAAAUAAGAAUUAAUAAUAA